AUGAAUCCACUUUUAAAUGAAGUACAACGCAUUAUUACCGAAAUGCGCUGCGACAAGCCAACCACGCGCAAUAAAGCUGUUGAACAAUUGGACCAAAAGCUGACCAGCUCCAAGGAGGCCCUAAACGGCGUUCUUUGUAAAAAACAAGAUUUAUGCUGGAAAGCCGUCUUUAAUGCUACCAAGGAGGCGAUUUUUAAGCAUUCAGCCAACUUGCAAGAGGCCAACGAGAAGCCAUUCAAAACGCUAUCAGAUAAAUGUUAUUUAUACGGAAACACCAUAGACAAGAUCAUCGAAUACAAUUUGGAGAUGGGCAGAUCUGGCAGUCACUUUCUGUCCAAAUCCACUAUAUUCAAUGCUUUCGAGGAGGGCAUUAAGCAGCGCAUUGUUGUACGGCAUUUCGGCAAUCAUUUCAUUAAUUUACUGGACAGAGGCAUCUUUCUGUCGAGCACCUAUAUAGAAAACUUGAAAGUUAGCGAAUAUAGCUGUGUACUGUCAUACCUGUUUGAGUUGAACUUAAACAAUGACGAACUACUACGUUCCAAGAUAUUGAAGUGUAUUACAAAAACGUUGCAGCUAGCACAGAAACGUGUGCAGCUGCACGCCGAUCUCGUUGACUACUUGCCCAUGAUCAGCAAUUUCGCGAAGACAGCAAAUACCGCUGAAAGGAAACAAGAAAUUGUGCGACUCUAUGAGAUAAUCGUUACCGAGUUGUCGGUCAACUAUCACCAUAAGCUCUGCGUCCAUAUGCAGGAGAUCGUGCCUAAGCUUUGUGACUUUCACAAUGAUGACAUCUUUCGCGACGAUAUCAAAAAUGUGUUCUUUAAUUGUAUUACAUUAUCACUGCGAGCGCUAUAUCCAAAAAUGAAUAGCCAUGAUUUUGACACUUUUCGUGUGCCAAUUGACCAGACUUGGCAACAGACUGUGCUGAAAUUGCGCACAAUUGUUGAUAUGGAAAUCAGAAAACAUUCCAUUGGCCGCGGCCAAUCGUCUGUGCUGAAUCUGUUCUCGGACAAGUUCAUUCAAAUGGCAGCAAUUGUUGUCUAUAUUGUUAACUGGCAUAAGGAACUGAAAAGUGCUGCCAGUGAGCCAGAGGAGACGCCCAGCAAACGUGUGCGAGUCGAUAGGUUGGAGGAAGUCAUCCAACUGAUUGACAAACAGGAAACGAAAUUUAACGUCAUAUGGUUUGCCAUCUUUGCUGAACUGAUGCAGUUUAGUGGAAUCAUAAAUGCGGCCAAUUAUCAGCUUGCGCUGUCGACCACGGUCGAUAUCCUGCUCAUCUAUGGCAAUGGCAAGAAUUUGCGUAAUGUGCGCCUCUGCCUAACGAGCCUACUGCAGAAGGAACUAGAGCUGCUGAAAGAGGAAUCGAUUCCAGCAAACUUUCUGAGCGAACAGUGGACCAAAAUUGCCACAUUCCUGAUAGCAGAGACACGGCCCGCAGCCGAUGAAAUCAUUGAGAAACAACUGAUCUUGCGAUCAUUCAUCAGAUACAAAAAACUGAAUCAAGCGUCGUGCAGUGCUCUGCUGCAGAGCAUUACAACAAAUGAGAUGCUGCGGCGCAAUGAGUGCAUGGAAACCAUACGCCACAUAUUCAUAAACGCCGAUCAAUGUGGCCUGAAAAAGUCCUCCAACAGCCUGGAGCCGAUUAUCAAGUGGGCCUACGCCACCGAGAAGAGCAGCGCCACACAAAUGAUUCACAACAUAGCGGCAAUUGAUCCCAAAUUGCUGGCAGACACAUUUGCCAUUGGUAUCAUUAACUUUCUCGAUGGGCAGCAAUUGCAACAGUUGGCGGACAUUCAAGCUGCCAUCACAACUACCGCAGACAAUGAUAAUUUGCAGCUGUUGUUGUACAAGUACAAUAAGAAAUUGAUCUGCCUGGACGAGCAAUUCCAAUCGGUGCUGCUGCAAUCGAACGGAUUACACAAGCCCACCAGCUCGAACGCCAAGAACUGUUUGUCGCAGCAAAACUAUGAGCUGCUCAUGCGCAUGCUUAACAUAUCGACAUCCAGCGAGCACUCAAUCACAUCAUUAUUGAGGGACCUGAAGUGUCUGCACAAGCUGGUCUGCACCAUCGAGCGUUUGCUGCACUAUAAAGUCUUCGAUGCUGACAAUUUUACCAACUGUCCGCUUAUAAAGCGCAUCGGCUUGUUUCUCAGUCACAUUGAGUUCCAGUACAAGUCACUCCAGUCGGAAUUGAGUAGCGUAGACUCUUGCGAUUUGCGCGAUAUUCUACAGCAACAGAUGCUCAUUCUGGAUGUAUUCCAUGCAAAUGACACAUUGCUGCUCUAUAUGGAAAGGCAGCCCAUUGAAAUGCUGCUCGAAUUUAUAGGCGUGCUGCUGAAUCAAAUAUGUGCAACCAGGAGCGCAGUGGAGAGCUCAGAGCAGUCCACACUGGUUGCCAGCUGCCUGCAUAUACUGGGCAACCUGUGUGCAAACAGUUCCUAUAAUAGAGAAGCAUUUCGUCAUAUAGCUACGAAUCUGAAGCUACGCUCCAAGCCGCAGGAUGUGCUGCUGGUUGUUAAGAUGCUGUGCAAAUGCAAAACCUUAUGGGAGGAGUGCAUCGUUUGGCUAAUCGAGAGACUGAAGGAGCUCUUUCUACAUCACUUUUCCAACAUUGAAUUCAUAAGCGAGAUAAUCGACGAAAUACCCACUGUUGUUUUCUUUUCGUGCUUCAAUGAGCAUGAGCUGGACGAUAUGCUGUCGGCGAUAAUAUCACUGAUGCGAAUAGCACUGAAGAAAGCAUAUCCUGCACCGUUGUCAGUGAAGAUUGUACGCUCUAUCGGGCUGAUAGCGCAGCGCUGUCCGCACAUCCUCCAAAUGCCCAACUUUGAUGUUAUUUGCUAUUCGACGACCAAGUUCUUAACAAUGCCAACGAUCGAGGUGCGUUUGGCCGCAAUUACAACGCUCACCCAGCUGCUGAAUGCGAGCUUUUGCGUAUCGAUAGAGGAGGGCGGCGCAAUGCAUAAAUAUGCCGACCAUUUGGCAUUUACCAAGGAGCUAUACGAACAAAUUGACUGGAAGAAGCUGACGUUCAUCGGCGAGGAUCUCGUGCAGAACAAUCAUGCGGUGGCCAUUCAGGCGCUGAUUUCCUUCUUUGCCUUUAGCACAUACCACCAGGACUCGGCCCUGCAGGAUCUAUUGCCCUAUUGUGCCCAUCAUAAAUUGACUGCAUUUGAUUUCUGUGAUUUGCGGUGCCAAGUGCCUUGCUAUAAUCGGAGCAUGCGUCAGGUAUUCUUACCCUACACGGACAGCCUAGUCCACAAAUGGAUGUCGAAUAACUGGUCCCCAUCCAAAUUUCCAUAUUUCCUUUGCUACGAUACCAAAGAAGAUUUUGUUAAGGGAGAAAUCAAUGGCAUUAUGGCUUAUAUGUUCAUCUAUGGAACACCCGAGGACAUACAACGCCUUCAAAAAUACUUGAAUGCAAAUGCCACCAUGAUCAUACUGCAAGCCUUUUUGGCGGUCGCUUCAAGCGAUUCAGAUGAAUCCCACUGCGAUGAGUUUCGUCAACGUCAUGAGAAUCUAACCCGGAAUCUGCAGUUCUUUGAAAUGCGGCCGAUGACUGAGGAGCUCAGUGCAAUUGCACUGUACAGAACGAUCAAGCUCUUGUCGGACAAAGAUGAGCUGGACAGACUAUUUGGUGGUACAGCCUUGAGCAUUGACCAGCCGAAGUGGUUCAAUAUAUCUGCCAAAUCACUCUUCAAAUCAAUGGCGCAACUUGUGAAGAGUAAGAAGUGGUCCACAGAUCUGCGCAUACAGACCAUAUCGGCGCUGAUGUUCGAGCAGCCGAUGAUGCUGAUCGAUUUGCUGGGCAUGCUGAAAAGCGAUUGCUAUCAGGCUGUGCUGCCCAGUCACGUGGUAAAUUCCUUCUUCCUGUACUGCACCAUUGCUGAUGCCGUUUUGGAUGCAAUUCAAAAUUUGGAAUCCAUGCGCAGUCCGGAUGCCAAAUUGAGAGAUGUACAUGCUGCCCAUUUUGCACGGGACAUUUGGUUCUUUGUCUGUCGCUUUCUCUUGCACAGCAAAUGUGACCAAUUGCAUCGCUCUGCGCUCAAGUUUUUGGAAUUGAUGCUGCCAAAGGACAGUUUUCAGAAUCAGGACCUGGCAAAACUAUUGAUUGACUGCCUCAAGCAUGUCGAGUCAGAGGAAUUGCAGACUAUGGCAACUAAAAUAAUCAUUUCCUACAUCGAAAAGUACAAGGCGGAACUGCAAUUACAGGGACUGUUCGAUCAGGCCGAUGAUGGGUGCGACCAUUUGGAAGAGUUGCGUCAUAGGUUUGAGCCGGCCCUGCCCGAGAUCAGCAAACAAAACUUCGAGGACUAUAUACGCGCCUUUCUCGAGCCGAACAGUUCGGAGCGCUUGCACGGUCUGCGCGAAUACAUUGCCGAACACAAGGAGGAGCUACAGAACAAUGACGAGCUGCUAUUCGAGUUGGUCAGCCGGCUCAUACAAAUGGUGCGCGAGUCGCCCAAGUACAAUCAAAACAUGGAUGCGCUCAAAUGUCUCGCCGAGAUCGGGCCCAUUAAAAUGAAGCACAUUUCAUACUACUUUCUAACUGACUACGAGUCCAUACAGCCGCUGACAGCUGCAAUGGAGCAGUUCGUAGCCGUCAUUAUGGAGGCACUGGAGCGGCAUAUAUUCGAUUUCGAUGUCAACACACACAAGGCCGUCAUCCAAGUGGCCAGGGAAGUGGUAAACAGCAGGAGUGCUGAGCAUUUAAUUGAUAGUUAUCCGUAUUUGCGUAUCUUCUACGUUGGCUUGAAUACGUCGAGUUUCCUGAAUUCGUUCGUCAACAUUCCGCAAAUCAAUUGGCUUGCCAUGCUCAAGGACACGGAGCACUUGGACUAUGAGCCCUGGCUAUGCCAAUUUAUGGGCUCUGUGUUCAAGGCCUGCCGCUGGCCAGGAUUCGAUGAAUUUGCAUGCCAGUCCGUUGACUUUGCCAGCACCUGUCUGCAGACGUUCGUCAAACUCGUAAUGGCCAAUAAAGAUGUGCAUUUGGCUAGCUUAUGCGAGAUGCUCAAUUACUUCUUUGAAAAUUCAGCAAAUAGCACCACGGGAUUCUAUCAGGACAAGCGCAUAAUCAAGCGAUUCCUGUACAUGUGCGAAUGCGUGCGCGUCGUUAACAAUUGGACCAUUCCCAUCGAUUUGGGCAAUGUGGUCAAGGCCAGCAAUCAUUGCCAGGCAUAUUUCAUGAGCAUUAUGUAUCUGGAGCUUUGGGUCUCUUCCUUAAAGCCAGCCGAGUCGCCUCUCCACUCUGACAGCUUUCAAACGUACGCCAAGACGGCAUACAAGUCGAUUGGUUGUCUAGAUGCCAUACCGGGAUUUCUGAAUCCUCUAAGCUCACGCGUCGACUUCCUGAGCUUAAACAAUAACCUGUCGGAGGCUUUGCUGGAAGCAGACAAUCAGAACGAGUCGAGCACUAGCAAGUGCUUGGACAUAAUGAACGACAACGGCAUGCUAACGUUUGCCAAUCUCUAUCAGCGCUCUUGCGAGGACAUUCCAAUUAACUACGAGAUACUGUGGCGUCUCUGCCAAUGGGAUGACCAGACCGAGAGGACUCACCACGUCGAUUGGUCCAACAAUCUCGAGCUGGAGUACAACAAACAUCACUAUCUCGCACUGAUGAGCAUUAAUAAGCGCGAGCAGGAGAACACUCUGUCGGCUAUCAACAAUGCCUAUCAGUGCGUCCAAAGGAUAUUGCAGGACAUUAGCAUCGAGUGCCUGCAAUCGGUGUACAAGUACAUGACCUGGCUGUGCACACUCCAACAGACCGAGGACUUUUAUCAGAUCCAGUUCAGCCAGCAAUUGGCCCCUACGCAGGUCGAUGAAAUAUUCAACAAAUGGCAAACGGAGCUAAAUCUUACUUAUGGCAGCUUCAGCUGCAAGGAGCAAAUACUCGCCCAUCAGAUAACGCUAUUCAAGCAAUCUGGUACUAGGGCCGAUCGUCGCAUAAAACAGUAUUACGAUCAGAGUCCCGUCGACUCCUACAUGCUGAAGUGCAUCCAGGAAUGCAAGUCCGCUGGCAAAUUGAAUUUGGCAACGAAAUACAUAUCCACGCUGCGCACCACGCCCGAUAUCAAGUCGCCCACCAAGAUCUCCGUGCUGCUGGAGGAUGCCCAAGUGAAUAUCAAGCGUGGCAAUCAUCAUGUAGCCAAAUCCCUAUUGCAGUACGUGAAUAAGAAUCAAGAUUUUCAGUUUUGCCCGCAGCGUGUGACGGCCCUGCGGAUGCAUGGUGAAUUCCUGCUCGACAGCAAUGCCGAGAGCUUGAGCUACGCCAUGGAGCACAAGUUCAAUCAGUCGAUUAAACUGCUCGAACACUUCAAAUCAUGUCAGUCGACUCUUAAACAGAAAUUCACCGGCGUCUUCGAUUGGGAUACAUUCGAUAAGUUCGAGAAUCAGAAUCUCAAGGCCAACCACGAGGCGAUGGCCAAGUAUGCCGAUCGUGAGUAUCAGCGGCUGCACGACUAUCGGCAUUCGCAGGAAUAUCAGACGCUGGUCAACAUCAUCAAGCAGAAUCGCCAACUGGCCGGAACAGUGACAAGCCGCGAGCAACCCGAUCGUGAUCGUCAAAUUGGCGCGAUCAACUUGAAUCGAUUCGCCAAGCUGGACGAACAGGAGCUGAAGCGCAUCGACGAUAAUCUGACCGAACACUUGUGCACGGCUCUCUCGCAUUAUAUCAAGUAUUGUGAGCUGGACAGUGGGUUCUCUAGUGCGGCAAUUUAUCGCAUCAUAGCACUCUGGUUCACCAAUGACCAGAACCAAAAGAUGCUGGACAAGAUCAAAGAAGCGAUCACAACAGUGCCCAGCUACAAGUUCAUCUGUGCCGUCAGCCAACUGGCCGGACGCCUCAAUUCCAAGAAUGCAAGCUUCCACAAGAUACUCGUCGAUUUGCUGGUGCGCUGCGGCACCGAUCAUCCGCAGCAGACAUUCUACAAGCUCUAUCCGUUCGUCUAUGCCCACAUGGAUGGCACUAACAGCAAUACACAGCGUGCGGACAUUGCCAAGAAGAUAAUUGGGCUAUGCGGCAAGGCCAAUGUCACGGCACUUAAAGCUAGUCAGCAAUUCGAAAAAAUGUUUCCAGCUCUGAUCAACUUUGCCAAUACGUACCUAACGCCUGGACCGAACAAACGCCCGGAUCGCAAAAUGGUGUCCAAUAUGCUGAGUAAACUCAACCAACUUGAAAUGGAUCGCAUACACUGCCCCACAAUGGAGCUGGCCGUGCAAGCCGAUCGGCGAUAUGAGAUAAUUAGCGUAAGGAGAUGGUCGGAGGAGUUCACCCUCUGCGGCGGCCUGAAUGCGCCCAUUAAGUUGCAGGCCCUCUGCUCGGAUGGUAAGACGCGUGCUCAGCUCAUCAAGGGCAAGGACGAUCUGCGUCAGGAUGCGGUCAUGCAGCAGGUCUUUGGCGUUGUCAAUGAAUUGUUGAACAGCGACUCGGAGUUCGCUGAGCGUCAGCUGCAUUUGCGCACCUACAAAGUGACGCCGCUCUCUACCCGCAGCGGGAUCAUUGAGUGGUGCCAGAAUACGAUUCCAGUGGGCACCUAUCUGGUUGGCGACGGCACUGGCGGUGCGCACAAGAAGUAUCGACCCAAGGACUGGAACAAUCGCAAAUGUCGCGAGCUGACUGCGGCGGGCUCGAAGAAACCGCCAGCGGAACGUCUUAAGAUCUACAAAACUAUUUGUGAGCAUGUGAAGCCAGUUUUUCAUUAUUUCCUACUAGAGAAGUUUCUCAUACCGGGCGAAUGGUUCGAGCGACGUUUGGCCUAUACGAACAGCGUGGCCAUCACCUCGAUGGUGGGCUAUGUCCUGGGCCUCGGCGACCGCCACACACAAAACAUUUUGAUUGAUGAGCAAACGGCGGAAGUGGUGCACAUUGAUUUCGGCAUUGCAUUUGAGCAGGGCAAGAUUCAGUUAACGCCAGAAACGGUGCCAUUCCGUUUGACACGCGAUUUCGUCGCUCCGAUGGGCAUUUGUGGAACAAAUGGCAUUUUUACCAAAUCCUGUGAGGCUACCAUGCAUAUUUUGAGACGUUACAAAUCUGUACUUACCACCAUACUGGAGGUGCUGCUCUAUGAUCCGCUGUUCAUCUGGGGCGUCCUAUCCAAUGGGCAACAAGAGUCGAAUGAGGAAUCCAAGAACCUACUGGCGCAGCGUGCCUUACUACUUGUUAAACAUAAACUGGAAGGUCGCGAGCCGGGCAUGUUGGAAAACUCGAAUGUGGAGGCGCAGGUGCAGCGUUUGAUCAACGAGGCAACCUUGCCCAGUAAUUUGGCUAUGCUAUUUCAUGGCUGGGACCCAUAUCUGUGAUAGAUUUGCGCUGUUACAUUUACAUCACAUAACA